AUGGCGUCCCAAAAUCGUGCUGCAACGACACCGCAUGAACGACGAGAUCCUGGUGCGGGACUGUUAAGCUGCACCAAAGAGACGCUCGUCAGUGGAGAUCUGAGCGAUGUGCAAUUCUCCGUUGGCAAUGAUUUUGGUGCUGCAAAGGCCUUCAAAGGCCACAAGUACAUUGUGAGUAUUCGCAGCACGGUGUUCUAUAGGAUGUUCUACGGCAGCGUGCCCGAAAACGGUCCGCAAGUCGACAUUCCCGACUGCAUGCCCGAUGCAUUCGAGAACAUGCUCAGCUACAUGUACACUGAUGCCGUGGAUAAAGAAAAUCUCACCAUGGAAAACGUCUUCCCGACGAUGCGCUUCACGUUGGAACAGGCUAUCCACUGGCAUGCUGACCAUAUCGUGGAAGCUUGCUUGCAGCUGGUGGAACUGAAUAGCGAUAUCAUUCUGUCGUCAGACUCGUUCUCGACCAUCACGCACGACAUCCUGAAGAUGAUUCUGCAGCGCUGCGUUCUCUCCGCGGAAGAGAACGUCAUCUACAUGGCCGUUGAAAGAACGGCGCCGUCCAGCCCCACCUGCCCUUGCCCACGGAAUGGCGCGGCGGUGGAACCGCGCCUCCCUACCAACCGGCGUCACCUCCGGAAGACGUGUUCGCCCACAGCCCGGCUUGCGGCUAGGAUCAUCGGGAGGCGGCCAACGACCGUGGUGGUGCGGUGGUGUGCCACGGGCGAGCAAGGUAGCGUGGCGGCCGAGAAGGUGGUGCGGGCGGCGGAUAUCCUGAAGAGCGGCCAACCGGUGUUCUGUCAGAUGGAACCGGUGAGGCGCGCCGGCAUGUACUUGCGCGUGCAGAGCGGGCGGGUGGGCGACCAGCACCUGGUCCGUUUUGCGGCGGGCGACCAGGCGUAG